GAUACCUACCUGUUACCCGUGUGAUGGAUAUGUUAAACUCUACAACUGAAUUGAAAGACGAGCUUUUUGUUUGAUUUGUUCGUUAUAAGUAGGUCAACACAUUCAUACAAAAAAAGUAAAAAUCUAUGUCUUAAUAUCCGUCGUACACGUACCGUUCGGAACAAGACUUACUUCCCAAGUUGAUCACGAUGCAGAGCGAGUCCAUCGACAAUGAUUACUUGGAGAUGCCCUUUGGUCCUCCUCCAAUACUGCCUGAUAUCAAAACCGAGCUUAGGGAAUACAUUGUGUACCCAGAGAAGCUUCCCAUACAUCAGAUUGAUAAUGUACAGCAGUACUGGGAGAGACAGCCACAGCUACUGUCACUUCUCAAAGCUGACCUGGCUCCAGUUGGCACAACUCUCAAAUAUGAAAGGGAUCCAAUUACCGGCUGCAUCGGAGACAUCCAAGAGGUGUGUCUGCAAAACAUCGGGGAAUCGGUGAGGAACUCGAUGUCGAUGUCCAGAGCACCUGGUCCAGCUGUCGAGGGUGUCAGAGGGAAUACCAGUAAUUUUUUGUUUUGGCCUGGUGGUUUCGACGAGCCUGAGAAGAACAUGAUGGAAGGAAAAGUUGAAAUUGACUUUGACAAGAACCUGAAGACGCUGGCUAAGGGAUUUAGCGCUGGCAUCCAAUUUAUGUCUGAUAAAUGCACACCCAAAAGCUUUGAACACUCUUGCAAAGAAUCAGACAAUGAGCCAGGCAGUGAAGAUGAAAGUAUCAAUCUUAUGAAUGUUAUAGACACAGAAGGGCGUUCUUUGUCUUUCAAACCUGCAGACGGUGAAAAUAUAGGAGGCAAAGAAAACGUUUCCAAGAAGAAGGCUGGAAAUGUCGAUGUGCCAAACAUGGAUGAAUACAUCGAGCCUUUUAAAGAAUACAAGAUUCCAGUUCUCAAAAUAUCGGAUGCUCACGUCCAGAAAAAUGUUAAAACGGAGUGGGCAGAACAAAUAGACAUUAAUGUCCCCGUGACAGAUUUUGACACGAAAAUUUUAGAGCCAGCUAUGACUUUUCCUUACGAGCUGGAUAAUUUCCAAAAACAAGCAAUUGUAAAGCUGGAAGAACAGUGCGACGUGUUUGUUGCUGCGCACACAUCUGCUGGCAAAACAACGAUUGCCGAGUAUGCCAUAGCCAUGAGCCAAAAGCACAUGACAAGAACCAUUUACACUUCUCCGAUAAAAGCACUUUCCAAUCAAAAGUUUAGAGAGUUCAAAGAAAAGUUUGAGAACGUUGGUCUUAUUACUGGAGAUCUGCAGAUUAAUCCUACAGCAACGUGUCUUAUCAUGACCACAGAAAUUUUACAAUCAAUGCUGUAUUGCGCUGCAGAAGUUCUCAGAGAUGUUGAGUAUGUUGUGUUUGAUGAAGUGCACUACAUAAAUAACGAGGAUCGGGGUCACGUUUGGGAAGAAGUCAUUAUUCUCUUACCACCCACCAUAAGCAUUGUAAUGUUAUCAGCUACAGUUCCAAAUCCAGUUGAAUUUGCACAUUGGGUAGGACAAAUCAAGAGACGAAAAAUGUAUGUGAUAAGUACACUGAAAAGACCCGUGCCUUUAGAACAUUAUCUUUAUAUAGGAUUUGAUAAGAAGACAAAGGAUCAGUCAUUCCUUUUUAUUAAUAAAGAUGGGACAUUCCUCAGAGAGAGUGUCAAAGAAGCAAUGGAGGCAUGGGAUCAAGCAAUGCUGAAAAGAAAAAAAAUGCAGCAAACAAAAUUUCUAAAUACAAAACACAAGCCGUCACUCGCAAUAAAAUCUCCCAUAGUUCCGAAAAACGCUAGUGUUGAAGAAACCGUAAACGAAGUUAUUGCAUCGAAAGAAGAGGAAGAGGCAGCAGAAGAUAAAGCAAGACUCAAUUCAAUAGCGGCCAAAGAAAAAAGAAUGUACAGUGCUCUUCUAGAGCAUUUAGAAUCAACGGAUAAACUUCCGGUUGUUAUUUUCACAUUGUCCAGAAAUAGAUGUGACAAAACUGCGGAAUCUUUCACAGAAAGUUUACUUACCCACGCACAACAAAAAUAUGUAACGGAGUUCUUCCAACAGUCCAUAAAACACCUAAAGGGUACGGAUUCACAGCUACCGCAGGUCAUAAAAAUGCACAAGUUACUCAAAUUAGGCAUUGGAGUUCACCACAGUGGAAUUUUGCCGAUUUUAAAAGAAAUAGUAGAAAUGCUGUUCCAAAAAGGCAUAGUCAAGGUACUAUUCGCAACGGAAACAUUCGCUAUGGGUGUAAACAUGCCGGCGAAGACGGUAGUUUUUGAUUCCAUAGAAAAAUACGACGGCAAUGCUUUCCGACACCUCCUUCCAACCGAGUACAUUCAGAUGGCUGGCCGUGCCGGACGUCGCGGGCACGACGACAUCGGUACCGUCAUGAUUCUCUGCAAGAAGAUGGUUCAUGAGAAGGAACUGCACGACAUGAGCGUCGGCAGGCCUCAGAACCUCGUCUCCAAAUUUAAAGUCACUUACGCCAUGGUCCUUCAUUUAAAGCGCUUGAGCGAGGCCAUUUCUGUUGGAGAAAUGAUGCGGAGGUCGUUCAAAGAAACGAAGACUAUGUCGAAUCUCGAAAAAAAUCGAAACGAGUUAGAGAAAGUUGUGAGGGAGAUCGAGCAGGCACCGGCGCUUACCGAGGACCAGAAGCAACUUGGAUUUUUUUAUCAGUCCUCGAUAAAUUACUUGUCAAAGUGGAAGGAACUCAGACCUCACAUGCUCGAAGCCAAGAAGGCUGUCAAAGCAAUGGUGGAAGGCAGAGUGUUACUCAUCUCGUAUCAGCAUCAUUACAAUAAACUUGGAAUUUUGCUGGGUUUACAAAAGAAGAAAGAUGUAUCUUACAAAGUGUUUGUACUGUCGAGUACAGAGGAAGAAAUGGCAGCCAAAGAUAAUCCCAAGUCUGAAACCUGGCACAAUGUUGUUAGUCUGAUAAGGAAGAAGUUUUACCAACCAGUUGAUAGUCCAACUUACAAUGUUUUAAUCGUACCCGCGUCUUCUAUUAUAGAAGUGACAAAUGCUGUUUUGAAUGUAAAUUAUAAAUUAAUCUUGGCUGACUGGGAUAAGAGACAAAUUCCUAGGUUCAAAGAUGCACUUCCUGGACCCUCUUGUCUAGCAGCAAUUGAAGAGCUUUGCAAAUUGUCCAAAGACGUUCACAAAAAAUCUGAUGUAAUAUUGCCAUAUUUAGAACUAAAACUAAAUAAAUUUGAACUUCAAACAAAGAUCAUAGAAUUGAAUACAUUAGGAAAUGUACUUCAUACUGUCAUUUCUAAGAUAGGUGACAUAUCCAAUUUUGAAAAAGAAUUUCAUCAAGUCUUUCAACACAAAGAACUUGAACAAAAGAAACAAAUGUUACUUAAAAGGCUGAGUGAUGAAUAUUUGGGAAACUAUCCAGAGUAUGAAAGUAGAGUAAAGGUCCUUAGAGAACUCAAAUAUAUUGAUCACGAAGAUCGAGUGACAUUAAAAGGUAGAGUGGCCCUUGAAAUGGGAACUUAUGAGAUAUUCUUAACAGAACUAGUACUAGACAAUGUAUUAACAAACUGGCAACCAGAAGAGAUUGCUGCAGCUUUGUCGUCACUGGUAUUUCAAAAAAGUAAUAACGAGCCGAAAGAAGAAGAGAUUCCUAGAUUGAAUGAGUUACGAGAUAAAAUGUUGGAGGUUUAUGAAAGAUUGGUGCAAAUUGAAAUAAAAUACGACCUGGAUCCCAUAGCAAAACCAAGUUUCCACUUGUUAAGAGUGGUGUAUGAAUGGGCCAGAGCAAAGUCUUUUGCAAAAAUAAUGCAGCUUACCGACACACAAGAAGGUAUUAUUGUAAGAUGUAUUCAGCAGCUGAACGAAACUUUAAAAGAUGUUAGAAAUGCCGCAAUAAUCAUUGGCCACCCGGCACUGAGAGAAAAAAUGGAAGAAACUUCUACUAAAAUUAAGAGAGACAUUGUUUUUACUGCCUCCUUGUACACACAAGAUUAAUUUUGUUAACAAAGAAUAAAA